AAAAGCGGUCCAAGCCGCGGGGAACGGAAAUUGUGAAAUGGAAGCUCUGCCACCGUGCUUAAGAUAACUACUCUCUCGUUUCCGUCUCAUUGCCUCUCUUCUCUGCGCAGCAGAACCAGUGACUAUCAAUGGUGACGGGAAGAGGACUAGUGAGGUUCAUCUCCGCUGCCGCGGCGGCUAUCCUGGCUAUCUUCGUUUUCCUGCUCCUCCAUCCAAGGCGGAGGCAUCUGAUUUGGUGUAUGGAUUCUGCUGCUGAUUUGGUGGUAAGGAACGCUACAAUCUACACGAGCAACUCAUCGAUUCCCUUUGCGGAAGCACUGGCAGUGCGGAACGGGCGUAUCAUUAGAAUCGGAAGUGAUGCUUCUGUUCGGGGAUUGAUAGGUCAUAGGACGCAUGAGCUGAAUCUUGAAGGGAAGGUUGUACUACCAGGAUUUAUUGAUUCACACGUCCAUCUUAUUUUUGCUGGUUUACAGAUGGGUCGUGUGAAGCUUCAAGGUAUUAAACGUAAAGAAGAUUUUGUGAUGAUGGUGAAAAAAGCUGUGAAAGAUAAACUUCCUGGUGACUGGUUGUUGGGUGGAGGUUGGAACAAUGAUAUUUGGGGUGGAGAAUUGCCUGCGGCUUCCUGGAUAGAUGAUAUUACACCUGACAACCCGGUUUGGUUCUCACGCAUGGAUGGUCAUAUGGGUUUAGCCAACUCCCUUGCCCUAAGGGUUGCUGGUGUCACCAACUUAAGUUUGAACCCUAUUGGUGGGACAAUCUUGAAAACCAUAAAUGGAGAUCCUACUGGUCUUUUGAUUGAUUCUGCAAUGAAGCUUGUUCUUACGGUAAUCCCUGAAAUCUCGGUCCAUGGAAGGCAAGAUGCCAUGAUUAGGGCAAGCAAGUAUGCCUUGAUGAAGGGAGUGACCACCAUGGUUGAUAUGGGAAGGUACUUUACUGGUGCACCUGUUGAUCAUUCUUGGCAAGAUUUCAGAGAUGUUUAUAAGUGGGCUGAUUCUUCUGGGAAGAUGUUGAUAAGAGUGUGCUUGUUCUUUCCAAUUCAAACGUGGUCUUUCGUAAGAGAUCUUUUCAAAGAUAAAGGUAGAUCUAUAAGUCAGUGGCUUUACAUUGGGGGCGUCAAAGCGUUUGCUGAUGGAUCUUUGGGAUCUAACAGUGCACUGUUCCAUGAGCCCUAUAAGGAUGAUCCUCAUAACUAUGGUUUGCAAGUGUCAGAUUUUGACUGGUUAUUGAAUGCCAUAGUAGAAUCAGACAAAUCUGGACUUCAGGUUGCAGUGCAUGCUAUUGGAGAUAAAGCAAAUGACAUGGUAUUGGAUUUGUUUAACUCGGUGAAAUCUGUUAAUGAAGCUAGAGAUCAUAGAUUCAGGAUUGAGCAUGUUCAACAUCUAGUGCCAGAAUCAGCAAGCCGUUUUGGUGCUCAAAAUGUUAUUGCCUCUGUGCAGCCAGAUCAUUUACUGGAUGAUAUCAGGUCUGCUGAAAAGAAAAUUGGGAAGGCUAGAGCUCAGAAAGGGUCUUAUCUGUUCAGGUCUCUUCUUACUGGUGGUGCUAAAUUAGCUUUUGGUUCUGACUGGCCGGUUGUUGACAUUGAUCCACUGAGAAGUAUCAAAACAGCAAUGACCAGAACCAUCCCUGGACAAGAAACUGCAUGGAUUCCCACCGAGCGUGUUGGACUAGAUGAUGCUCUCAAGGCGUACACCAUAGGAGCUGCUUAUGCCUGCUUCCUCGACAAUGAAAUAGGCAGCCUCUCCCCAGGGAAGUAUGCUGACUUCAUCGUAUUGCCAGCUUCUUCAUGGGAAGAAUUUGAACAAAACAUACCUUCCAGUGUUUCCGCCACUUAUGUUGGUGGCCUGCAGGCCUACCCAUGAAGCUUCAGCAGCUUUCGAGUACAUUUCAUUGCUCAUGUCUUUUCGUUUAGCUUUCAUGCCAUUGGAUUCUCUUGGAACUCUCAUAUUGAUACUGCGAAUUAGAAUUUUGGGUUCUGCUUGCUGAUUGGUAUACAUGAACUAGCAGAAUUUGGCUAUUUUGGAAUGUUUAGUAAGCCGAAUUUGACCUAUGGAUGGAUCCCAUAGUAUGUAGUGGCCCACUCAUGAUUUCUUUGUAUCGAUCAAAUUCUAUGAAAUGCUAGGCCUCGGAUACAAGUCCAUGUAGUUUGAGACUAAUCUCCUAAUCACUAGGCCAAGUGGGCUGCAAAAAUUCCUUGAAAUGUUGCAUUUUUCUGUCAAAUAAAAUUCUAGUAAUUAUGGAACAUGUUAUUAAUCUAUUUGCACGACAACAUGUUAAAUUAUCAAAGAAUUUGGUGGUUUGGUUUGAUGUACCAAUGUAUUAAUCUGGGACAUGGUUCCUGUGUGCUUUGCUU